GUUUUGGCAGCAGCCCCUCGGGGCAAGGGGAAGCUGAUAUCAUAAUUAUUGGCUCACCCAGCAGCUGCCUCCCCUCACCUGAUGUCAGCACAGACCCAGGACGGCCAAGCUGACAGACUGACAGGCGGACGGAGCUCCUGGCCCCCCAGACCCAGGCCCCCACGCCGACCUGCUUCGCUGAGCAGGCCAGGACUGGGUGAUGGUGUCGUUACUCCCGCCGCAGUCUGACGCCACGCUGCCCAGCCCCGCCAGACUGGAGGGCGAGCCCCAGGGGGACCUCAUGCAGGCACCGGGCCUCCCAGGCUCCCCUGCCCCGCAGAACAAGCUUGCCGGCUUCAGCUGCUCAUCAUUUGUGCCCGACGGCCCCGCAGAGAGGGCAUCCUCACUGCCCCCACAGAGCCCCAGCGUCGCAUCACCAGGCCCUGAGCAAGUCCACUGCCCAGCCGGCCCAGGCCCGGGCCCCUUCCGGCUCUCGCCCUCAGACAAGUACCCCAGCUUCGGCUUUGAGGAGGGCCCAGCAAGCAGCCCCGGGCGCUUCCUCAAGGGUGGCCACGGGCCUUUCCACCCAUACAAGCGGCAUUUCCACGAGGACGUCUUCCCCGAGGCCCAGACCGCCCUGGCCCUUGAUGGACACUCCUUUAAGACCCCGGGGGCGCUGGAGGCCUUCGAGGAGAUCCCUGUGGAUGUGGGGGAGGCUGAGGCCUUCCUGCCUGGCUUCUCAGCAGAGGCCUGGUGCAACGGGCUCCCCUACCCCAGCCAAGAGCACAGCCCCCAAGUCCUGGGGUCAGAAGUCAAGGUCAAGCCCCCAGCUCUGGAGACUGGUCCUGGGAUGUACUGUUACCAGCCCCCCUUGCAGCACAUGUACUGUCCCUCCCAGCCCCCCUUCCACCAGUACUCACCAGGUGGUGGCAGCUACCCCAUACCGUACCUGGGCUCCUCACACUAUCCAUACCAGCGGAUUGCGCCCCAGGCCAGCACCGAUGGGCACCAGCCUCUCUUCCCAAAACCCAUCUACUCCUACAGCAUCCUCAUCUUCAUGGCCCUUAAGAACAGUAAAACGGGGAGCCUUCCUGUCAGCGAGAUCUACAAUUUCAUGACGGAGCACUUUCCCUACUUCAAGACGGCUCCUGACGGCUGGAAGAAUUCCGUUCGCCACAACCUUUCUCUCAACAAGUGCUUUGAGAAGGUGGAGAACAAAUCAGGAAGCUCCUCCCGCAAGGGCUGCCUGUGGGCCCUCAAUCCAGCCAAAAUCGACAAGAUGCAGGAGGAGCUGCAGAAGUGGAAGAGGAAAGACCCUAUUGCUGUGCGCAAGAGCAUGGCCAAGCCAGAAGAGCUGGACAGCCUCAUUGGAGAGAAGAGGGAAAAGCUGGGCUGCCCACCCCCUGGGCUGGCCAGCUCAGGCUCCAUCCGGCCCCUGGCCCCUCCAGUUGGGCUCUCCCAGCCACUGCACUCAAUCCACCCAGCUCCGGGCCCCAUUCCCGGCAAGAACCCCCUGCAGGACCUACUUGGGGGGCAUGUGCCCUCCUGCUAUGGGCAGACAUAUUCGCACCUCUCCCCGGGCCUGGCCCCUCCCGGACCCCCACAGCCAUUGUUCCCGCAGCCAGACGGGCACCUUGAGCUGCGGGCCCAGCCAGGCACCCCCCAGGACUCACCUCUGCCUGCCAACACCCCACCCAGCCACAGCGCCAAGCUACUGGCUGAGCCUUCCCCGGCCAGGACCAUGCAUGACACCUUGCUGCCAGACGGAGACCUCGGCACCGACCUGGACGCCAUCAACCCCUCUCUCACCGACUUCGACUUCCAGGGAAACCUGUGGGAACAGCUGAAGGAUGACAGCUUGGCCCUUGACCCCUUGGUCCUGGUGACCUCGUCCCCGACAUCAUCUUCAAUGCCACCACCUCCACCGCCACCCCAUUGCUUCGCGCCAGGGUCCUGUCCGGCAGAGACGGGCAGUGGGGCCGGCGACUUGGCAUCACCAGGCAGUGGGGGCUCCGGGGCAUUGGGUGACCUGCACCUCACCACCCUCUACUCGGCUUUCAUGGAGCUGGAGCCCACACCCCCCACGGCCCCUGCUGGCCCCUCUGUGUACCUCAGCCCCAGCUCCAAGCCCAUGGCCCUAGCAUGAGCCAUGCCCAGCAGCAGCUUCGGCCUCUUUCUGGCCUGGAAGUCCCAGCUGGCCGCCCACAUCGGGCCCACCUUAAAGGUCAAGGAAGGAAAACCAUCCCUGUCCCCUAUGCCACUAAGCCAACUGUUUGUUAGCUGGCAGCUUGGGGGUGAAGAAGACACCACCCACGAUGCUGCCCCUCACACAUUUCUGCCACCUGGUGAGCCAGCUCCUCACUCAGGGUCCCUGAAGACCAAGUGUCUGGGCAAGGAAAAAACACACCCUCCCUAGCUCACACUCAUCCACACUCACGCCCUUCUGCA